AUGUCUAUCCAGAAUGAUUCAAUAACCCUCCUACUUUUGCAGAUUACCCUUUACCGUCAACAGGAUUUGGUGCAUUCGGAUUCCUCGUUAAACUUAGAUGAACUUCUUGUAGAGCCCAUCGUGGAUGAGAGCGUAGUAGAAGCGUUUGUUUCACACAAGCUAGUAAAACUACAUGCGCAGGAACUAACAUCACUCAAUAAAACAACUACAAAAGCGCUAAUAACUGAUAUAUUCAAGAAGACUCAAAUUGAAGGACCAAAAAAUCUAAUAACAUUAGCGAACUAUUACUAUUCUCAACGACUUAACUAUCUUGAGAAAGAGAAAAUUCCAGAGCUAAUAUCACUAAUCAAGCAAAGCUGCGAAGAUCAAUCGAAAUAA